AUGACAAAGCCCGUCAUUCUCCUCGUACCCGGCGCCUGGCAUGAGCCUUCUUGCUUCUCCCCUCUGGCAAGCUAUCUGGUUAACCAUGGCUAUACAGUUGAAGGCAUAUCUCUGCCGUCAGUCGACUCAUCUCCACCACAACCCAACUUUGAUGGAGAUGUCGCCGCAGUCGCAUCAACCAUUAGAAAACAUGCCGACCAAGGUUCGGAAAUCGUGGUGUUCUUCCACUCCUAUGGCGGUAUUCCAGGCAGCUCUGCUUGUCGGGGCCUCUUGAAGAGCGAUCGUGAGGCCCGUGGCAAAGCGGGCGGGGUUACGCACCUCAUCUUCUGCUCUGCACAUGCCGUUGACGAAGGCGUGUCCGUCAUGGACAAUCUCGGCGGUGAACCUUUGCCGUGGUUCAAUCUCUCCGAGGAUGGCAUGACAUCUGUACUUGAGGGUCGAGUGCCUGCGGAGUUGUUUUACAACGACAUUGACGACGAAAAAGUCCUCGCUGAGCUGCUGGGGAAGCUCAAGCCCCAGAGCUACGGCGCCUUCUGGAGCAAGAGCACGUAUGCCGCCUGGCAGGAUGUGGAUAGCACCUAUGUGCAUUGCGAGAGGGAUAAUGCGAUUCCUGUGGCGUUUCAGAGACAGAUGGUUGCGAACGUGAGGCGGGCGGUGCAAGAGAGAGGUGCCGGUGGGAGGAUGCACGACGUUACGUUGGACGCAAGCCAUAGUGCGUUUGUUAGCCGGCCAGAAGAAGUAGGAAUGAUUGUGAGGAGGGCUGCAGGUGAGAAGGUGUAG